AUGUUGCCGACGACCGAAAAAGACACCGCCGCGAUCGAAAAGGCAAAGACUCUCGAAAAUGUUCCCUGGGGUGAUGAGUACGAGCGCAUGAUUUCGGGGAUGAUCUACAGCCCCAUCGCCCCCGAGCUCGUCGCCGGCCGCGAAAGAGCGCGCCGCCUCCUCGCAGAAAUCAACGCGCCGCCGCACCCCGACGUCCCCUAUUCCGAAACCCUCGAGAAACGAGACGCGGCACUGCGAAAAUUGUUUGGGAAGGUCGAGGGCGGCGUGUAUAUCGAACCGCCGCUGUUUGUCGAUUACGGGUGUAAUGUUAGUGCGGGGAGCUUUUAUGCGAAUUUUGGAUUGACGAUCCUCGACUGCGGCCUCGUAACUAUCGGCCACAGCGUCGAAAUCGGUCCAAACGUCAACAUCAUCACGGGCGAGCACCACACGGACAUCAACCUGCGGCGCGCGAACUGGGGCAAGGAGUUUACACGACCAGUGACUAUCGGCAGCGAGACGUGGAUCGGAGCAAACGUGACCAUCCUUGCUGGAGUGACUAUCGGACAGGGAUGCACCAUUGGGGCGGGGGCUGUUGUCAAGGGGGAUAUUCCGGAUUUCAGCAUUGCGGUGGGCGUUCCGGCGAGGGUGAUUCGGUCUGCGGGGACGCCAGAGGGAAGCGAGCCCGAGGGAGCUAAGACGGUUUAG